AUGGGCACCUUUAGAGUGAAUCAGUACAACAUCACCAACCCCUCACUCAUCCUAAACCGCCUCGUUCAGGGCGUUUUACGUCACCAGACGCUCAAAAUCUCGUCCACCGAUUCCCUCCAACUACGCAUAAUCGGCGUGAAGUCCACAACAUCCACCACGCCCCUGACGCGACACCUCGGUUCCUUUGUGUGCUCCGACGAAGACCUUGACCUGACACUGCAAGGACUCGCAGGUACCGUUGCCGCUCAGCUCCUCUAUUACCCUCUCGAUGUCCAAGCCAAACCUGUCAGAGGCGGCUUCGGUAUCUCUGUGCUCUGUGAGACGCUCAAUAGCUGCGUCUGCAUCUCAUUCAACUUAUCCAGCCGCACCGUCACAGCCCACGCCGGCUCAACCAGCCUAGAUAAUCUCCUUGCAACAUCUCUCUUACCAUCAAACACCACCCUUGGAGCCUGGUAUACAGUCCACAUCGACGUAGUCAUGGCACCCGUCGUUGUGACCCUCAACUUGUUCCCCGUCCUCAACCUAACCGAAACCCCCUGCGUCUUCGGCUCCUUUGGCUUCGGCGCCUCGUUCGGACACCCAAAAUACUUCCACAACCUCAUCGUCAGCGCACUCGCCGGCGAGAUAAUCUACACUAACCUCCCGAGAACCCGCUCGUUCCUCCCAGACUUCAUGAUGGGUGCUAACCGGGCCGACACCAUCGUCGACCGCUCGCCGCGCGACAGGAUCGCGUAUACGGGCGAGCUCGACGUCGCCCUCAACGCUGCCUUUGCGAGCACAUUUGGCACGCCCUCCGUAGACCUCUCCCUCGACGUCAUGGCAAAUUUCGACGUCGUGUACGCCUACUCCCUCUAUCAAUCCCUCCUCCUUCUCCCAGACGCGGGCGUCAAUGUCGCAGAGUACCAAACCUGUUUCGACAAACUCCACACCGCAAUCAAUGCGAACCUCUAG